GUUCGCAAACCUGCGCCAAACGCUAUUUAUUCCUAAUAUUCCUCUCUUCUGUAUUGUAUAUUAAUGCCAUUCAAGCGACCAGCACCGCCUACGCACGAGUCCUCUUCGAAUACCGUUCUUCCAACAUCCAAACGAUUCGAAACUGCGCGCGGCCAAGAGUCUGAUGCUUUGAAGGACAUCAAGAUCCAUAUAGUGGACGCGAAGCUCGACGGAAGCACUGUUGGGGAGCUAUAUCGACUCGUAGAGAGUGCUGGAGGGGAGCUAUGCACCGAUGUUGGGGGAUCGGAGGUUGUUGUAACGUGUAUCGGGAUGAAGAAGCGGCUGCAGAGACACCUGGACUGGGAAGUUGCUAAAGAAAAGGCUAUAGUGACGCCCGAGUGGGUACGGGACUCUGUCAGCCGAGGGGAAGCCCAGCCAUGCGGGGACUACGCCGCUUUGGAGGACUUGCACGACGAGACGGUGAAGAACUGCCCCGACGGGGAUCGCGAAAGCAGCACUGAGCCUGAAGACAACGAGGCUGAUUCUUCAAGACAGUCAGAGCCGUCGCAGACUCAGCUUCCAUCCCCGCCGUCUUCGCCAUCAUCAGACGCCGGUGGUACUGCGAAGCGCCUCUCGAAGGUGUCCUUGAAGGAGAAAUCUGCGUCGCACCAUCCCAAGAAGCCUGUGUCAUCGGCUGGCACUCAGUCUACUGCUUCGCGCGCCUCGACCGUGAAUGUGCCGGCUUACCUCCUUCCUCCUGACCCCCCGAUACCGACGAACCUGGCGAAGCUAAGUUACAAGUCGAGGUAUGCGUGCUGCAGACCGUCGCCGCUGGUGUGUCCCAACCAAGGACUCUGUAACGAGCUCAAUAUCAUUAGGAAGAGCCGGGAGGUCGAGGGUGAGGAUCGGAGCGCUCUUAGCUACGAACGGGCCAUAUCUAUCAUCAAGGCAUACCCGAACCGGAUCACUUCCCUUGCACAAGUUAAAGACCUACCUUAUAUUGGCGAGAAGAUAACAGGACUCGUCGAAGAAUACCUGAACACGGACCAGAUAUCCGAGGCCCGUUCCAUCCUUGAGUCCGAGCGCUACAAAAGCCUCACCGCCUUCACCUCCAUCUACGGUAUCGGCCCGAACACCGCGCGUAAGCUGUACGCCCGCGGGCUGCGGACCAUCAGGGACUUGGAGGUGUGGUACGGCGUCCGCCCGCCGGAGGGCGAGGAGGACGACGAGGGUGUGUAUGAGCAGCAGCUGGAGCGCCGCAUUAUAUCCGUCGAGGGACAGAGUAGGUGGAGGGGACGCGGGAGGAAUGAAGGUGCGGAGGUGGAGGACGAUAGCUGGAUUAAGAUUGCGCUUGGAUUGAGGGAGGAGUUAGAUAUCAAGAUUCCGAGAGACGAGGUAGAGGAGCUUGGACGGGUUGUGGGGAGGGAGCUGGAGCAAGUGCAGCCCGGCUGCGUGUUUACGAUCGUUGGCGGAUAUCGACGCGGAAAGCCAAUGAGCAACGACGUGGAUAUCGUGUUCACGCACCCCGAGGUCGACAAGGUCAAAGGCCUCUGCGGACGGUUUGUAAACCGGUUGUAUGAGCGAGGAUUAGUCUCCCAUGUGAUGCACCUGUCUGGGUUUCACGCUCACAACGCGUUGCGCACCACGCACUGGGAUUCCCUGGAGAAGGCGCUGACGGUGUUCACGCUGCCAGAAGACUCGCCCUUCGCCCGGGACUUUCCGGAGGGGAAAGGAGGGGAGGUAAAGAGGCGCGGUGUGCGGAGGAGGCUGGAUCUGAUCUUUGCGAUGCCGGAGGUAUAUUGGACUGCGGUGAUUGGCUGGACGGGGUCGAUAAUGUUCCAGCGGGAUUUGAGGCAGUGGGCGACGGAUAAGAAGGGUUACAAGUUUGAUAGCUCUGGCAUAACCCGACGCAGGGAUUCGAAGCAGCUGUUCCCGAAGACGGAGAAGGAUGUGUUUGAUCUGUUCGAGCUCGAGUGGGUGGACCCGACUUGGAGGAAUGCGGAUGUGUGAAUGGUCCCCUAUGUGGUGGUUGUGAUACUAUUCUUGUAUUAGAGUGUAUCUGCUGGAGUAUAUACCACAGCUCGCUAAUCCUGGAUUAGCCGAUCCUUAUGCAAAUUUGCACUGCGUUUGUGGUGCGUUGGGG